AGCUAAGCACUGAUGGCGGCUCACAGUUUGCUCCCGGAUAUGUACUGAAACAAAUUUAAUGGCGUCUGAUUGGACUUUUUGCUCACUUGGCCAUUUGUCUGGAGUCUUGAGAUUAACGUCGAAGCAGUCGAGCACAAGGGUCGUGAGUUCAAAGCAGGAAAAUUUGUUGUAGAGCUCGCUGGAUCCAAGGCUAACUGGCUUCCCAGUAAAAUACAAGUCCUAUUAGCUUGUGAUCUCAGAGGUUUGUUUGUAUGCGUGGCUACACACUUUAAAACAGCGAAAAGAUCACUGAUGACGUUGGACAUUUUAGUUCUUUUGUGACAGCGGCUCGCCGGUCCAAGUGCAGCCGAGUCACCGUUUGCCUGUUUCUCUGGUUUGGCUAACGACGAUUGAGUUACUUUGGAGAGCAGACAAGCAGAGGGAAGUGGUUAGCCAACCCGAUUAGCUGCAGCCGUAAGACUAGUUCUUCUAAAGUCAUUGGUCUCUACUGGUGUUGUCUGAGUCUCUUCUAUGAUUCACCUUUGCGCCAAUACUCCACUGUAAACAUGUUGAAGACACGUCAGUGUUUACUAGGAAUUCGCACUUUCCUUGGAGUGACGUCUAGAUUAUGGAGUUUCAUUUUAUACAUACUCAGGAAACAUCUACGAACGAUAAUCCAGUACCAAACUGUGCGUUAUGACACAUUACCUCUCUCCCCUGUUUCCAGAAACAGACUCAAUGCAGUGAAGAGAAAGAUCUUGGUGUUGGAUCUGGACGAGACUUUGAUUCACUCUCACCAUGACGGCGUCCUUAGACCUACAGUAAGGCCUGGUACACCACCAGACUUCAUCCUCAAGGUGGUAAUAGACAAACACCCAGUCAGGUUUUUUGUCCAUAAAAGGCCACAUGUCGAUUUCUUUUUAGAAGUGGUUAGUCAGUGGUAUGAGUUGGUGGUGUUUACAGCUAGUAUGGAGAUUUAUGGAUCGGCAGUAGCAGAUAAGCUGGAUAACAACAGGAGUAUCCUUAAACGAAGAUACUACAGACAGCACUGCACUUUGGAUCUAGGUAGCUACAUAAAAGAUCUGUCUGUAGUACACAAAGAUCUCUCCAGUAUAGUUAUUUUGGACAACUCACCUGGAGCUUAUCGAAGUCACCCAGACAAUGCAAUACCUAUAAAGUCAUGGUUUAGUGACCCAAGCGACACAGCACUUCUCAACCUGCUCCCAAUGUUGGAUGCAUUGAGUCGGCUGUCCCCACUGUCUUUUCAUUCACUUUCUAGGUUUACCUCAGAUGUUCGCUCUGUCCUCAGUCGAAAUCUCCACCAGCAUCGGCUCUGGUGAUCCUAUCAGUCGGGCCGGUUUCUUUUCUGGUCUCCUUGUUUUUACACGGCUCUGCCCACUAGGUAUUAGCCUCUUGAACUGUAAGCCCUCAUCAUCAUGUGAGCUCACUUAAGUUAUGUGGACUCCUCUGAGGAAAUGCAAUGAGAAGACAUGGGAGGACAGAGAGGAAAGAUACACAUGAUGGAGAAGCUAUUACAAAUAAACUCAAAACAAAUGGAGAGGCCACAAUUUUUUCUUCAAUUCUUUUUCCUUCAAAAAUGGACACUCUACCUUACAGUUGUUGGAUCCAAUGUGUGCAUGUUGGAGUAUUUCUAAAUAAAAGGGGGAGAAUGAUUGUGAUUCCCAUUUUACCUUACUUUUUUGAGGUAAAUAAAGAAUCAAUGAACAGGUUAUAACUACCGGUCAGUUUCCACAAUUCAUUAGCACUUAUUUCCAAUUUCUUUAAUAUCUGCACUAGUUUUUUUAGUUUCACAUGACCAUAGCACAAGUGGUAACUUUCCCAUAUUAUCUUCUCAUUCUCUCUUUCUUUCUAAGCUUCUCUAAUUCCUCUUUCUUUCUGCCAUCUCAGGUAUCUGAUCCACUUCUUUAUGUUAAAGGGGUAGUUUACCCAGUAAUUAAAAUUGUCAUCAUUUACUUGUUCCAAACUCGUAUGACUUUCUACUAUGAAACACAAAAGCAGAUGUACUGCAGAAUUAAAGCCACAGUCACUAUUCACUUGAAUUGCACCUUUUUUCAAACAAUGAAUGUGAAUGAUGAGAGGCUAACAUUCUGCCAUCAUCUCCAUGGAAGAAAGUCAUAUGGGUUUGGAACAACACAUGGGUGAAUAAAUGAUGACAGAAUUUUAUUUUUGGGAUGAGUUUUUCCUUUAAGUGCUGAGGUGCUGUUAACACUCUGUGGUCAAGAUAAAAUAUCAGCAGAAAUAAAAAAAACAGCAGGAGAGAGACAACACAUUCAUAUCCAUCAUUACAGCUUAUGGUGUUGAUUUUCUGUGUAGCGGUAUGUUUAACUGGCUCGCAUGUGAAAUCUCUGGAUAAAUUAGUGAGGUUUUAUCAUCUUUUUGGAAGCCAAUUUUUUAGAAACUCUUCGACAUGGGUACAUCAGUCAUUGAGAGAGUGAAACUGAGCAACAAGGACUCUUAUAACUAAGUUCUAAUUAAGAAAUAGAAUGGAGCCUUUUGUCAACAACUGAAUGACAGUCUCCUACACAUUUUUGGUUACUUUAAAAUUAAUUUUAGAAUGGCUGAAUGUUGUACAGUGAAAUGAAAACAUACAGUGCCUUAUUAAGUAUUCAGACACUUCACAAGCACUUUUCUCAGUUUAUUGAUUUACAAAUCCUGCAUCAAAUGUUCUUUGUGAUGUUGAAUUUCAAAGCACUGAGGCUCAGAAUUACUUUAUUGGGAAAAAAAUUAAAUAUGUUGUUGGAAGAAGUAUUAAAUCCACAUCUUUAAAUAUUUUAAAGAACCAACUUUAAAAUAAGAGAAGGUAUGUAUUACUACCUCACAUAAUCAGUGGUGGCCCAUCAUUUUGGCCCAUAUUUCCAGGCAGAUGUUUUUUUUUUCUUAUUUAAUUUUUAAUAUGUGUUCAUUUCUAUAUAUAUAUAUAUAUAUAU